CAGGAGCCGUCUCCCACGCACCCAGUGAAAUUGUGACCCUCAAUGUUUGUGAAAUUGUGAAAGUGAAGUGAGACCAAAUGUCAUCCGUGGCUACUACCAACCGUGCUAGUGAUAUGUGGAAUACAUGUCCAGAUAUGAACACUCAAGGUGCUCUACAAGCAAAGCAGUAUGGGUAUCGGCAGUACCCAACGGCACAUGAAGGGUAUGGCUAUCCUAAUCAAUCUUAUUACCCUCAAAACUGUGAUUACUCUCAAGUGCCUUCAGCCACAGCGGCGUAUGCUGCAAAAAUGUACGUGAACCGCGGUCAUGUUGACCAGACCACGAUCAAAUCAGAACCAGUCAGUUGGCAAGACUAUCCCGCAAGCUAUGCUGACCCCAACAACCAAGUCAACAUAGAUAUGAUUAACAAAUGGAAAGAAAUGAACGCACACUAUCCUUACUAUAAACAAAACUAUGAAAAUGGAUAUAACUACGGCUACGAUCAACGUUAUGAACAACAUGUGAACCCUGGAUACGGAGAACCCAAGGCCGAUGACUCACGAUCCAUGACAUCGCCUAGCCAAUGCAGCAUCCCUGAUACCAACUACGGUUCUCCAAGCAGUACAUCGAGCGCUAUGAAACCAGCUAGCCCUGAGGCUGAAGAUUCUCCCAACCUCAGAGCUCUUUUGACGAAACCCAAAUCAAGAAAAACACCGCCUUACUUCGUCAAAACUGACAAGUCUUACAAACACGAAGCGAUACAGCGGCUUGUGUCUCAAAGGGAAAAAGCGUCUGAGUGGGAUAAAACUAAUGAAACGGUAUUAGAUAUGCCGUGCAAUAUGCCGCAAUUUCAUGGUAACUUGAAAAACAAUGCUGAGGAGCCGACAUCAAACCCGCUGAAGGAGCCCGGCGGGGGAGGGGCGCCGGCGGUGGAAGCUGCAGCGUCAUCGCUGGAGCCCGCGCGGACUUGUCACGAUAUGACGAGGGUCGAAGCAGGCGGGGACAAAGCGGAUUACGCUGAUAACAAAAUGGCCGCUUCCGAUGCAACAGGCAUCUACCCGUGGAUGAAGACACUUGGUGAUGACAAAAAAGAAGGAUCAAAGCGGACAAGACAAACGUACACUCGCUUUCAGACGUUGGAGUUGGAAAAGGAGUUCCAUUUCAACAAAUAUCUGUCUCGGCGACGAAGGAUAGAAGUUUCACACGCUUUGGGACUAACAGAGCGUCAGAUCAAAAUCUGGUUCCAGAAUAGAAGAAUGAAGGCCAAGAAGGACGGAAAGCUUUCGACCUCGCCGGAGCAUUAUAUGGAUGAUUUGGGGAACACGGCGCUGGGUAACAUGCCUGAGUUCUUGGACAAUAGGUCGCAAAUGGCCGGGUUACCUGAGGGAUACCCCGGUGCUAAUUACCACAUGACCGGACCAGCUGCCAAUAUGGGUCACGUACCUGGGUCCAUGCCACAGAACUGCAUGAUGCCACCUUACGGAGGAAUGGUACCUAAAAUGUGAUGGGCAUUCACGUAAUGAAUGAGACAUGUAAAAUAUGGCAUUCUUUGUAAAUAUAAUAAUUUUAGAUAACCUACUCUGAAAUUGAAAAGUUUUAUAAGUGUAUGUGAUGAUGUUACAAAUGAUAGAAGGUGAAUUCGAAUAAUACUAAAUUUGAUAAAUCAAGUUGAUUGUUAAUUAAAAUGAUGGUAGGUAUAGAUUGUAAAUAAUUAUAUAAGAAAAGAGAGUUCCUAUAGUAUAAGAAUAUUAGUUAGGUAUAAAGUGUUUUUAAGAUGAUUAUUUAUAAAUGAAUGAAGACAAACUGAUAUUAUUUUAGUAGGUAUAUUGUACUAGUUUUAUUACUUCUAUGAUUGUACUACUCUAGUCAAUAAUAA